AUGACUUCAGAUAACCGGACCCAUGUAGUUGAAUUCAUUCUGGUUGGUUUUCCAGGUAAACAGGAAAUCAAGCUUCUGGUCCUUUUGAUGUUCUUCCUGGCUUAUGUGCUGACAGUGACAGAAAAUGCAAUGAUUGUUGUGCUUGUUUGGACAAAUCUUCAGCUUCAGAAGCCAAUGUAUGUUUUCCUGGGCAAUCUUUCCUUUCUGGAGAUCGGGUACAUCUCUGUCACAGUUCCUAAAGUGCUUGUGAGCUUGCUGACAAACAGACAAGGCAUUUCCUUCACUGGCUGCAUGGCCCAGCUAUUCUUCUUCCUGGCACUGGCCUGUAGUGAGUGCACUCUCUUGGCUGUCAUGGCCUAUGAUCGCUAUGUGGCCAUCUGCAACCCAUUGCGUUACCCAGUCAUCAUGGAUCACACUCUUUGCACCCGUCUGGCCGUUGGUUCCUGGAUCAGUGGCUUCCUGAUUUCCACAGUGAAGGUUUAUUUCAUUUCACAUCAGGAAUACUGUGGGCCCAACAUCAUCAACCACUUCUUUUGUGAUGUCUCUGCCUUACUGAAGCUAGCCUGUACCAACACCUCAGUAGCUGAGCUUAUAGAUUUCUUACUGGCCCUGCUAAUCCUUCUUGUACCACUGGUUGUGAUUAUGGUCUCCUAUGUGUGCAUCAUCUCUUCUGUCUUGGGCAUCCCCUCAGCCAAUGGAUGUCACAAGGCCUUCUCUACCUGUGCCUCCCAUCUUUUAGUGGUCAUGGUGUUCUAUACAGCCUCCCUGUUUAUCUAUGCCAGGCCCCAGUCUAUUGAUUCCUUCAGCUCCUACAAACUGGUUUCUGUGCUGUACACUGUCCUGACACCCCUCAUCAACCCAGUUAUCUAUUGCUUUAGGAACCAGGAAUUCAAAAUUGCUCUUAGGAAAACAAUACACUGGAGAGAUAAUUGCUCCUAG